AUGGGAAUUUUUGAAAAUAGCAGCAAUGGGGAUUUGAUCAAAGGUCGGGAUGAUCUGUCUAUCGACGUAGAAUUUCUCGGCGGACUAGAACUGCUCUUCUCCAACCAAGCCAAGCACCAGCUAUCUAUUCCAGCAUUCGAUCCCAAUGGAAAGCCUGCUACGGUUGCUUUUUUGAUUGAAUAUCUAUGUAACCAUGUUAUGAGGGAUCCCCGAAAAGAUAUGUUUGUCUUGGACGAUACAGUACGGCCAGGCAUACUGGUACUCAUAAAUGAUGCAGACUGGGAGCUCGAAGGAGAAGCAGCUUAUGAGCUCCAGAAGGGCGAUCAUAUCGUCUUUGUGUCCACGCUCCAUGGUGGCUAA